AAGAAAGAGAGGAGAGAGAGAGAGAGAAGGGGGAUAAAAAAGAACCAUCCACCUUACACUCUUCCAAUCGAUAGGGCUUCAUGAUGCCGUUCAAAGAAUUAGGUUUUCCCAUUAGAUUUUCAUCCCGUCGGGAUUUGAAAACCCUAACCUUUCACUGCCCUCAGAUCUGUUCCCGCCGGAGCUUCUCGAGGCAUCGCAUCACAUUCGCUGGCGACGGUGGUGGUUUUCAGGUCCAAGUUGCGCGUUCAUCCCCCGUCUCGCUCGCUCUCUCUCUCUCUCUCUCUCUCUCUCUCUCUCUUCUUGGAAUGGCGCCUGAUCAUGCUAAAUUUCUUUUCCGAUCCCAAACAUUAACAUUGUAAUCCUCUUUCUCAUUUUCGUUUAAUUAAACCCUUCACCUAUUCUCUUUCUGCGCGCGCGGUUAAGUGAACCGAAGAUGACCGGGCCGAGGCCGGAUAUCCACGAGCUCUUCUGCCAUUACAAUUCCCUCUACUUCAGCGAAUCUCUCGGCACUUGCAUAGUCUCAUGGGCGCCGAACUUGACUCGCAUGGCAUCUUUUUGUGAUUUUAUAGAAGAAGGCCUAUGUGAGAUCCAAUUGUCAGAGCCUUUGUUGGAAUCUCGCUCUUCUGCUGAUAUAAAAAAUAUUUUAUUGCAUGAAAUGAUUCAUGCAUUCUUAUGGCUUAUUCAUAAAAACAAUAAUUACAGUGAUCAUGGAUCCCAAUUUUGGAAUUUGGCAAAUUUAAUCAACUCAAACUGUAAAAAUGAUAAUCAGAGACCCUCCAAUGGCUAUAAUAUCACUGCUCAGCAUGGCUUACAUAAUGGAGAGAAUAUUGACAUCGUUUACCAAUGGAGGUGUACAUCUUGUGGUGAUUUAAUCAAGAGAGGAAUGAAUAGAGAGCCUUCAUCUAUAGACUGCAUUGAAAAGAAUAGUGGUUACGACUGCGGCAAUCUCUUAUGCGGAUGGCAUAGGCACAAUAUGCAAUGCUCUGGUAGAUAUGAAAAAUUCGAUGAUGCCUCCAGAUUUAGAAAGAAAGGCAUGUCUAUUGGCGUCCAAGAGAAUGAAGGAGACAACCAUAGCAACUCAUCACAGCUUCAUAAACAGGCCAGACAAAGGUUGCCUCCAGCAGAGGAAAUGAAGGAUAAGAGGACCAUAAAAAGGCCAAGAAACAUGGAAGAUUACAUAUCCAUUGAUGAUAACAAACCCAAAAUCCCGGGCAAGAAAUCCUCCGAAGCAGGUUUCUGCGGUGAUAGCAAUAAGUUAACUGUGAUAGAUUUAAGGACCCAAUCUCUCGCCGCGGGGCCAGAAAUACCGAAACAGCGUAGAACCUCCUGCAAGAAGAUCGGCAAUCUCUCUAACACAAAAGAGCAGAGAAAGCAUAAACGUAGAAGAGAAAUCAAUUUGGUGAUAAAACUGUUAGGGGUUUGUACGGAUGAAGAAUCAGAAGAAGAUCCCGAACCGCUGAUCAAUAGGAGAAGCGAAAGGAGGAAGAGGAUGAAGAUGGCUAACAAUUCAGAUGGAAGUGGUGAAAAGAUUACUGCUCUAAUGCCUUGUGAAGUUAUCUCGCUGGAUUAAUCUUACAGAAUGUAUGCUGUAGAUAGUUUGGUCUGUACCGGAUAUUGUUUUUAACUUUAUGUUAGCAAAAUUUCAUUUCUUUUUUGCAAAGUUAAACUGGUUUUUGUUGAGGUGGAGAUGAGCAAUGGAAUCUGUUGCUGCAAUGCUUUUGCACUUUUGUAUGUUUUCUCUGUAACGUGUUCUUAUGAGAAAGAAGAAGAAAUAGUUUUUA